AUGCCAUUGUAUUUUAGCUGGUCUAUUUGUUACAAUGCUGUUAUGUACGUAUAUGUAAACAAGUCAGCAAGUAUGAAGGUGUGUUUUAAUUCUCAUUGGGAGGGGUGGAUUUACUAACACACCUUCAUUUAUUGAAUGUCAUUCUUUACGGCUGUAUAACACACACUGUUUCUCUCUAAGAGCUGUAUAUAACCUGUACGCUAUGCUGCGCAAUUGUGCGCUUUUGCGCUUCCUGGUCGGUCAGAUUCGCGUAAUGGAUGAAGGACUCGGACUGUUUAUCCGAUCGAAACAGGACUAUGUUUCUUUUCUGACGUCUUGAAGCCUUAUACAGUGAAGGAUACAGUGAAGGAUAUUGUUUAUGGGAUUUAUUCUUUCUAAUGGACUGUUGGAUACGAGAGCGAAACCAUUGCGCAAUGGGGUUGUCAUGGUGGAGAAAUCUGCUGCUCUUACUGGUCUUCACCUUUGUGUGUUCACUGGAACAAGUUACACACAACCCACAAAACAACGUCUUCUGUCCUCAGGGUCUUUCAAACUGCAGUCUUAAACAUACAGAUCCUCUCGGAGCUCAUGACACAGACUGUGGUCGUGCAUACGUGUGCUCUUUGAAAGUCGAGCCUAAAUUGUGCUGUUAUGACAAGAACUGCAAACCGUGUUUGUGGAUCAACAUCCAGUUGAGUUUUAUCCCGGAGGCUGAGGAUGAGGAGGAUGGAGGAGAAUCAGGAUAUGAAGAUGAGAAGAGAGGAGAUUGGGAUGCAGGCUGUGUUCCAGAUGACACAUUGAAAGGUCAAACCACAAUGGAAAACUCUCUCUGUGAAGACCAACUGGCUUAUCAAGGCAUGUCAGUAGCUGCUGUUACGAUAUGCUACACUUCAGCAGGAAAGCUCACAUUGUGCAAGAGAUUGAACUUCAUCAUGACUUCUGGUAUAAGUCACAAAUCAUUUAAUUUAACUCUGGUGGAGUAUGAAGAUGUUCACUUGGGUGGAAAAAAUAAGAUCUCGGUCGGAUCUUCCAGUCGGUCAGCUGAAGUUGAAAUUCCUACAUUAAAAACAGUGUGCUCCUCACCCCUUCAUGAGCACAUAAUGGAGUGUAAAGGUCCCAGGGUGAAUUGCACAAUUCAAGGAGAUGUGGUUAAACUGGAUUAUGAGCUUAAAGAGGCAUCUGAACCACUUCAGCUCUGUAUGAAACGAGGGAAAGAAGGAAAAUGCUGGGGCCUCUCAAGUAACAUCAUUCCACUGAAGUCUGUCACAGACUGCAUGUGUUUUCAGGCUUGGAAAGGAUCAACUCGUACUGAAUUCUGUCCAUUUGAACAAAGUCCAGUGUUUAAAGAAAAUGUCCUGAGAAAUGUGUCUGUGUUCGUGUACCACACUAAGACAAAUGAUGAUCAACCUGUGUUAGCCUGGAAUUUAUCAGCGCCCUGCAGACUCGAUGCUGAACUGUGGCCCUGUCAGCUACACGCUGAUGGACAAUGCAAAGAGAUUCAUGGCUUCAGACAGCAGUCUUCCAAUGAAACACAAUGGGAAGAAAACAUCACAACGUUAUGGACAUCCGGCAAAUUCGUGAACAUCAACUCUAGGAAUCACCAGCAGCUCUGUGUGACUCUUCACACACAUGGAGAGAGUCCUCGCUACUACUGCCAACAUCCCUUGGAACGGCAUUAUUGGAGUCUUCUUAUUCCUCUGGCGCUGAUCGUUGUUUGUCUGACUAUUUGUGGAAUCUAUCUAGUUGUGAACAAAAUCAAAUGGUGGAUCAGUGGAUGGGAGAGACAAUGUCAUUCUCAAGAUACAAGGGGACAGGUGUUGUUGCUUCAUUUGUCCACCACCGACCACCAAUCACAGCUGGUUUGUAGGCUAAGCCGGAUGUUUUCUGAGCUAGGUUUCAGUGUGUCCUUAGACCUUUUGAACCUAACAGAGAUCAGUUCACUGGGCCCGGCACCGUGGUUCCACUCCAAACUCGGUCAAAUCCAGAAACACGGAGGUAAAGUUCUUCUGAUGGUCUCACCGUCGACACUCCAGAGCGCCGAGUGGUACUCGAGCGUUUCCAAUAGAGGGAAAGAAGAAAUAAACAGGAGCUCUACAACCUGCUCAUCGGAUGUUUUGGUUGCUGCCCUUGGCUGCAUUUCAGCCGAUCGCCAGAAGGGCGGCGCUGCUCCUCGGUUUGUCCUUGUGCAGUUGAAUAGUAACGAACACCUUAUCAAUGAGGAGGGUGACAUGCCAAAGCUGCUGAGGGGCUUGCCGUUGUAUAAACUCCCUUCACAGACUCAAGGACUGCUUGGGGAACUGUGUAUGGAUAGGCCAAACAGCCUGGGCGGGAAGUUAAAGAAGAUGUGGUGGAUGAAAAGAGCACGGAGGAAGUUUAGUCAAGAACUUCAGAAUGAUUUUAAUAGCAAGAAGUUGAGGACUGAAUCAAUGCUCACUCAGGAGGACUCACUAAGUCUGGACAUGGAAGAAUUUUAUCUGAAAAAGGAGCAGUUAUAAGGCACAUCAGCAAAUAUACGCUAAAUUUUAUUGAUGUGACACUACAGUAUGGCAAUGCCAUGACUUUCUAGACAUGAAGUAUUUGAAUAGCCUAUGUCUUUCGGACCUCUAUGUGUUAAUCAUUCACUUACAUCGUUUUCUUUGUGAAAACAAAGAAAAUAAUUUACAGUAUGAAAACAGAAAGUAAGCCUUACGUUACCAGUGUGUUUCCUUAGGUACCGGGGACAUUAAAAUUUUUAACUUCUUUUACCUGUAAGUUAAUGGUUCUCAAACUGGGGGCCCUGAGAUUGUGACAGGGGGUCCCCAGAUUUAUGACAUGUUAUAAUACAUUAAUUUAUCAUGAAUUCUGUCUAAUUAAACCUUAACUUUGUUUAAUUCAAAUGUAAUGUUUACAGUGUUUUAUGUCAUAAAUGUUCUUUGAAGGGCCAUGAAGGGCACAAGUGGGGGCAUCACGUCGAAAACGUUUGAGAACCAGUGCUGUAAAUAACUUGUAUGUUACUUGUAAAUAAUUCACUUGCUUUUUGGAAAAUGUAUUUUUUGUAUGUAAAUAUGAUUUAACUCUAUUAAAAAUGAUAAAAUGUGAAAUUAA